GUGUAUACCUGAGUGUAGGGUGAGAGAGUUAACAUUUCCUCAGAGUGUAGUACAGCCGGAGGCAUCGACAGCAUUGCUGAGGUGUUUUUAAAAAUGAAAUCACAGAUGCUUCCCACAAUAUUUAUCAUGACACUAGCUCUCUCAGUGUGUGGCGUGUAUAGUGGGAAAGUUCUGGUGUUUCCUAUCGAUGGCAGCCAUUGGAUCAACAUGAAUAUUUUGAUCAAAGAACUCUAUUCCAGGGGACACACCGUCACUGUGUUCAGGUCCUCCGGUAGCUGGUACAUCAAAGAAUCCUCACCACACUACAAUUCAAUUACUGUCGAAGACGUGGCAGGGGGGUUUGAUGAGGACUUUCUGAAGAUGUUAAUUUCUCGAAUAAUUCAGAUCCAAGCCGACGGCAAGUCAAGUUGGAAGCGCUUACAGGUAGAGUGGGAGCUCAUGAAACUGGGUCCAGUGAUGACUCAGAUGGAGAUCAACGUGCUGGCUAAACUGCUAGAUGACCACAAGCUUAUGCAGUCCCUCAGGGAUGCAAAGUAUGACUUGGUUCUGGCAGACCCAGUAGGAGCGUCUGGGGGGAUCAUAGCUCAUUACCUGAACUUGCCCUUGGUCUUUAAUGUCCGAUGGACUGUUCACAGCGAGGGGCACUUUGCCAUAGCUCCGUCGCCAAUGUCCUAUGUUCCCAUGCCUAUGUUUGAGCUCGCAGACAAAAUGAGCUUUCUCGAAAGGGUCUCAAAUGUGUUCUUCUUCGCCUUUUAUGAAUUUCAGGCCCAGUUCCUCAUCCGGCCACUGUGGGCUACCUUUACUAACAAAUAUUUUGGUCCCGAUGUAGACUAUUUUCAGUUGAUACAGGGAGCUGAUAUUUGGCUGAUGCGGGUCGAUUUUGUGUUUGAGUUCCCACGCCCCACUAUGCCCAAUGUUGUUUACAUGGGUGGGUUCCAGUGUAAGCCAGCAAAGCCGCUUCCUCAGGAUCUGGAGGACUUUGUCCAGAGCUCUGGAGAACAUGGAGUUGUCAUCAUGUCUUUGGGAACGUUAGUCAGUGAACUUCCGAGACGUGUAGUGGAGGAAAUGGCUGCAGCUUUCGCCCAGCUACCACAGAAAGUCAUCAUGAGGUACACUGGAGAAAAACCAUCGACCCUGGGUAACAACACCCUGCUGGUCGAGUGGCUGCCCCAAAAUGACCUACUUGGCCAUUCAAAGACCAGAGCAUUUGUUGCCCAUGGCGGAACCAAUGGUGUUCAGGAGGCUAUUUAUCAUGGUGUCCCAAUCCUUGGUGUUCCACUGAUGUUUGAUCAACCUGACAAUCUUUCAAGGAUGCGAGCUAAAGGAGCAGCAAAGGUUAUGGACAUUUUCUCAGUCAACAGAGACACGUUCCUCCAGGCUUUGCAGGAGGUGCUCCAUGAGCCAUUCUACAGGGAGAACAUGCAGAGGCUCUCCAGGCUGCACAGAGACCAGCCAAUGCAGCCCCUGGACCGAGCCCUCUUCUGGAUUGAGUUUGUUAUGAGGAACAAAGGUGCUGCUCACCUGCGCACAGAGUCCUACAAGAUGCCCUGGUACUCCUACCACUCUGUGGAUGUGAUACUGUUCUUACUUGCUGUCUUGGCCACUUUCAUGGCUAGUUUUGUUUUUGGAAUUAAGUUUCUGUGCACCAAGGUUUGUUGUAAACACAAGUCAAAACUAGAAUAACAACUUACUGAUGCAAAAAACAUAAUAGAGGAGUUUUCUGAUUAUGUUGAAUACCAUGUAGAACAAUUAUAUACUGUAUCUGCACUUACAAAGAUUAUUUCUAAAUUUUGUAUUAAUUUCACUCUUGACAUUAAGCUAUAAUCAUGCACUGAAAUAGCAUGGAGUGAAAUCAGAAUGAUACUUUGUGCUUUCACAGAGGAGGUGAUCUUGUGAGAUUGUGUGAUAGUGUCUAAAUUGUGAGAUUGUGUUGUGCUUUAGAGGAAGUGAAGUCAUGUAUUUCCUCUUACUUCUCUUGUAACUCCAGUGCUCUUGUGACUUAAGUGUUAUUUGCACAUUCAAUUGAAUGGCACAUACAGAACAUCAGGGGGAUUUAAACUGUGCAUUUUGCCAUUUAUUUUCCAUGACUUCAUUAGUCUUUUGUAUCAGUUGUUGAAUGGACUUUAAUCCACUCCAUUUGUAUGUUGAGUAGAAUUUCUGCAACAUGAAUAAAUAAAAUUGUCCACUCUA